UGGCGGCAGCGGUGUGAAGACUGGUGCCUGUUCGCGGGAGUUGGUGACCAGUGUGACCGAAAUUUGCUCGUUUUGUCAACAAGACCUUAGAGAGAGAGGAAGGAAGAAAUUGAUGCAAUAGAGAAGCAUCGAUUUGUUGCCUCCUGUACACUCCCAAACCAGGGAUUGCACGUGCCUAUACCAGGGAUAGAACCCACAACCAAGGUAUUUUGGGAAAGAACACCAGAAAUGGAUAUCACUGGGCAAACAAUGAGUGGAGUUCCAAUAAAAAUCAAGGAGGAGGUUGAAGAUGAAAUUUCUCCACCAGACACAUCUGUGCAAAGUGAUGAUUUCCAUUGGGAUAGCUACCUGAAAGACACUGGAUCUGUAAGUGCUCCUGCAGAGUAUUUCAGACAGUCCAAGAUUCCACCAACUAAUAACUUCGAAAUUGGUAUGAAAUUGGAAGCCCGUGAUCCUCGCAAUGUAACUUCAACUUGUAUUGCCACGAUCAUUGGAGUUAAUGGUGCUAGACUGUGUUUACGCCUUGAUGGUAGUGAUGACAAAAAUGAUUUUUGGAGACUCGUUGAUUCUUCAGACAUACAGCCCGUUGGGACAUGUGAGAAACAAGGGGAUUUACUUCAGCCUCCACUGGGAUACCAGAUGAAUACAUUAUCUUGGCCAAUGUUCCUCUUGCGAACACUGGAUGGAGCUGAAAUGGCACCUGCAAGAUUCUUCAAGGAGGAACCACCAAAGCCACCUCUAAAUAAUUUUGAAGUGGGGAUGAAACUGGAAGCUAUAGACAAAAAGAACCCUUUUAUGAUAUGUCCUGCAACUAUUGGAGGUGUUAGCGGAGAUGAAGUUUACAUCACAUUCGAUGGCUGGAGUGGAGCUUUUGAUUAUUGGUGCAAAUACUAUUGCCGAGAUAUUUUCCCAGUUGGGUGGUGUCAUCUGACAGGACAUGUAUUACAACCACCAGGAAUUCAUGCAUUCCAGCAGUCAAUGAGGUCUUCAUGGAGAGCUGCUGUAGCAUCACCAGCACCGCAGCCCAGGAGAUCAGGUCGGAAUAAACCAGUUGGACAUUCUCCAGUCCCUAGAGUGGAAAGUUCUGAUAAAAAUGUCACACCAAGAAGCAAAGUCCCCAAAGAGGAAAAAAGUCCUAUUCCAUGUUCUACAUCUUCACCUCUAAAGAUGCUGACCAGAAGCCAUGGUGUUGUACAUAAGGAUCCCCCUCCUGGGUCAUAUAAAAUAGUGAUGUCUACAGUCUGUGUCUAUAUAAAUAAACAUGGAGACUGCGGCCCUCACCUGGAUCACAAUAAAAUCCAGGAGUUGCCUGACCACUUUGGCCCAGGCCCUGUGAGUGUGGUGCUCCGGGAGACUGUGCAGGCCUGUGUGGAUUGUGCCAUUGAAAGUAAGACUGUUUUUGGACUCCUUAAGACAGAUAAUCAUGAUGGAGAAGUGAUAACUGCCUUCUUUGAUGGGGAAGCUCAUUUCAUUCAGCUCCCUUCAGUGAACAGUGCAUCAUUUGCUCUUCGCUUUCUUGAAAACUUGUGCCACAGCCUGCAGUGUGAUAACCUCUUGAGUAGUCAGCCUUUUAGUGCUUACAGAGAUAAUAUUAAUAGUACUGAAGAAGAUGACAAAAAUAUGAUAGUGAAAGAAGAAGUAACUGAAAAACAAACCACCAAACGACCUUCUGAGCAAUCUGCAUCUGAUGUGGCUCCUCUUGCUCUUAAGGUCCCCAAAACAGAGAUGGUUUCUUCUGAAGAAGAAUUAUUUUCUUAUGAGGAAAAUAGUACAUCCACAGAGGAGCACCUUCCUAUGGAGUACAAGGACCCACCACUAAAUCCAGAAACUUAUUUGAAUCCUGAAAGUGCAGCUCUCAUAAACACUGAUACCACAAUCCCUGAGAAUUUUUAUGAAAAUAUGCCAGGCUGCUCAAGUUCAGCACUAAUGGAUCCAUUCUCUGCCAUGAGUGAUCCCCAUGAAUUCCAGAUGCCGAACAGAGACGGUUAUAUAGCUGUAUCUGACCCCAGUGUCCUGACACAGAGCUUCUCUAAGGACCCUGAAACCUGGUGUGUGGAUGAAGUGAUACAGUUUAUGAAUUAUAAAGAUCCUAGGAUUUCAGGCCCCCUCGCAGACAUCUUCAGGGAACAUGAAAUUGAUGGGAAGGCUCUGCUACUACUCCACAGUGAUGUUAUAAUGAAGUAUAUGGGGCUGAAGUUGGGGCCGGCUCUGAAGUUGUGUUACUACAUUGAAAAACUUAAAGAAGGGAGAUACAACUUUAAAAAUUUAUAAGUUUAGGUUAGACAUAAUUCUCAGUUUUCUUGAUAACUUAUUAAUCUAAAAGUAUUUUUAUUCUCUUAGUGGUUUUAGGUUUUCAGGCAGUUCCUAAAAAGAUCGUUAUAUGUAGAAUUGCAGAGCUACAGUUCAAUCUACUACUUUAUAUACCAUUUAAUGUGUUAGUAUUAGUAUAUUCAAAUUUGGCACUUCUUUAUGUCUUCUUAUAAUUUACAGUUUAUUGUUUUAUCAUGCAGUUUACAAGUAUACUUCAUGUAGGUUACAGAGAAACACUUUUGAUUUUGAUUAAAGUUUAUAUAUAGAACCAAAACAGCUAAAUCCCAAAGGGAAAAGUGUCAGGGCUUGACAAGUUCUUUAAUAAACUCCAUGAGGAAUGUUCCUCAGAAUUUAAAGAUACAGCUGGAGAUAUCAUCUCUUUCUCAUUUAUUUUAUGUCUGUAAUAGCAAUGUUCCAUUUGUGUUCUACCACUUUCCAGAAAGGGAAUAGCCAUAUAACUUAUUUUUCUUUCGUUAUUUCUCUGUAUGAUGUAUUUGUUCAUAUUUAAAGAAAAAACAAACAUAAACUUUCACAAAGUGUUCUUACAGUUUUGGAUAAAUUUCAGCCAGUUAUAGGCUAGACAGAAUAGUUGUUUUACGCAGGAAAUAAUUAACUACAACAGUAGUUUGGAUGGAGUCUGAUUAAUUUUUUUUCAACAAAAUACCUAUGUUUUAAAACUUUAAGUAGGCAUUCAUUUCUCACAUCUCUAUUUGAAGACAACUGUGCCCACAUGUUUAAAAGUUAUGUAUUUUAUCGUCUGUGUUUAUUCUUCAUAUGGAUAUUAUACCAUAUUUAUAUAUUAUUCUAUACCUGUAGGUAUACAAAGAAGUAAAUCUGUUCUUUUUGAAUUUAAUAUGGCACUUUACACUGCCACAGAGGUAAUGAUAAGCUAUUUAUAUAAUAAGACGUUUUAUUCAGUAAAAAAAAAUACGUGCAUCGUUUGCUGUCACUAGUACCUCUCACUUUAGUUUUCAGGGGAUAAGGAACAAUUCAUAGAUUGGUUUCCAUACAGGGAAAUUCUCUGUCCUAUGCAAUGUUUCUAGUUCUGAGCCAUUUAUACAGCUAAAUUUUGGAAGAUGCAUCAAUUCUGACUUAUUUCGGGCUUAACUUUUAAAGUAGAACUUUCAGGGGGAAAUGGUGUUAUAUGUUUUAUUGUUAUUACUUUUGUAUAACUUUGGAAUACUGUUUAUAAGCUAUGAGAAUCUGUGCUAAAAGUAUUAGCCACUUGUUGAAAAUGCCAAUAAAACACACACCAGGGACAAGAAUGUACAUUUUAUUUUUUAGUAAACCAAAUGUACUUUGUACUAGAAUGCAAGUAUUUAAAGGGUGGUUUCACCUAUGUUUUUCUUUUGUGUUAUAAGAUAAAAUUCUAAUUUAAACUUGGUCUUCUCUCAAAUUGUUUGAGUGAAGAUGCCACGUCCAUUUAACAGUCCUCAGGUGUUUAUACAAAUACUGUU